AUGGGCGGGCAAAAGGAGCCUCACAACGAAAAAAUCCAACCAUCACCACAUAACCCAUCGCAACGACACGUCUUACCGACAUGGAUGGAAGACGGAAGGCUUGUGACGAAAGGUGUUAAUCCUGAAGGUGAAUCUGGACGGUCGGGGUUCAGACCGUCACACUUCUUCGGAGUAGCAUGGAGGAACUCGAACACGUUAUCGCGAUGGGUGAACAUCCUGUGGCCUUUUGUGCCUGCCGCAAUUGCGGUGCACUUCGCUAUUCCUGAACGACACGGUACAAUCUUCGCUAUCAACUACAUUGCCAUGAUACCUUGCGCCAACAUGGUCGGUUUCGCUGGUCAAGAAUUAGCUCGCAAACUUCCGCGCGUCUAUGGCAUCCUGGUCGAAACUACCCUCGGUAGUGUCGUUGAAAUUAUUCUGUUCCUUGUCUUGGCCACCCGAGCAGUCCACAAUGAGGAGUAUAUACAAGUUCUUCAAGCUGCAAUAUUGGGAAGCAUAUUGACAAACCUUCUCCUCUGUCUAGGCUUUUGCUUCCUGGUUGGUGGUAUCAAGAACAAGGUCGAGCAGAAAUUCCACAGUGUCAUUAGUGAAACUGGUUCUGGAAUCUUGUUAGUGGCGGGUUUUGGACUGCUCAUUCCUUCAGCCUUUUUCUCUGCAUUGUCCGGCACAGCCACGAAUGUUAACCCUAGCACUAACACUCGCCGAGCAGAAGGCGGAUCAGAGCCACUUAUUGCCUAUACUAUGGAACAACUUUACCAUGACACGCUUGGCAUCUCUCACGGAACCGCCAUCAUUCUCAUGGUCGCCUUCAUCGUCUACAUCUUCUAUUCUGCUUUCAGCACACAUUCUGUCUUCGAUGAGAUCCUUGCCCAAGAUCAACAGAUGGACAACGAUCGUCAUCGCGAUAAUGCCAAGAAGAAGUUCACGCUUUUCGAGUGUGUGCUUGCCAUCGUCAUCUCGCUUGCUUGUGUUUCUCUCGUCGCUGUCUUCCUUGUUGAGCAGAUUCAUCACGUCGUUCGCGAGCGACACGUUCCAGAAGCCUUCCUCGGUUUCAUCCUCGUUCCACUUGUCGAGAAACUUGCCGAACACAUAACAGCUAUCGACGAAGCUUACGACAACCAGAUCAAUUUCGCCCUCUACCACUGUAUCGGUCCCUCCGUCCAGACAGCACUCUUCAAUGCCCCUCUUGCCGUGAUUGUGGGAUGGGGCCUUGGAGUAGAGAUCAGCCUCAACUUCGAGAUCUUCAUGAUUGUCCUUCUUGUCUUGAGUAUCCUGGUGGUGGGUAAUUUCCUAAGAGAUGGCAGUUCUAAUUAUCUGGAGGGAGCACUACUAAUAGUAGUAUAUGCGAUCAUUGCACUAGCAACGUGGUUCUACCCAACGCGGCUUCUAGGGAGCACCAAAGGAGUGCAGGCAAGCUCCUAG